AUAGGCUCAAAAUAAAAAAAAUAAUAAGAAAUUAAUAAAAGGAAAGUUUCGGUUUCGGUUUCGGUUUCGGUCGAAACUGAGAAAUGAAAUUCAAAUGUGUUCACACACCAGUAAACAUACCUAUUAUAUAAAUGCGACUAUAUAAAUAGACUCCGCUUGACUUUUUAUGUCGCCGUCUACCAGAUAAUUACUAACAGAGAAGAGAAUAGAUGAAUACAAUAGUCAAAGAGUAUAUAUAUUCACAUAAAACCGCAGUUUGUGACAGUUAUUCCGCUAGAUCAAGUGUGUUCAGAUAAUAUAUAAAAGUAUGUGUGAUAUGUAUUUAUUUACACAACUGAAAAAAAUAGUUCAAAAAUUGUCUUAACCAAUCAGAGAAAAAUUUAUUCUACUCUGCAAUAAAAUCACAGUCUAAACAAAACGGUCUUAUUGGACGUCAUUGCACAGUUAUAAUUUACUAUUUUUUUGACCUUUGAUACUUUUCACGAAUAUCUACUUAAGAUAUUUCAGUUUUCAAAAUACAUUUAUCAGUUCUAUGUAAGAGUUGUGAAACACAUGUAAAACAUAUGUAUCUAGUGUGUCGGAUCUUAAGAGAUCCAAGUUCAGUCGUUAUCAUAACAUAACUGAAAACGAGUUAUCAUUGUUUGCGCGUGAAAUACGCAGAACUAGUAUAUUGUGAAGACACGAAUCUAAUUGAUCCAAUUUAGACAUCAACGUGAAUCAUGAUAAUAACAAUAUUGUUGGUGUUGAUUUUAUAUGUAAUAUUGUAUGAUUAUUAUGUGCAUCAUAAACGAAGUGGGCGACUUAUUCGCCUUAUACCAGGUCCACCAAGUGUUCCGAUUCUCGGUUCGGCACUUUUAUUUCAAUGUUCAACACGAAAUAUAUGGAUACUUUUGCGUUAUUAUGUCGACACCAUGUACCCCGUUAUGAAACUCUGGAUAGGUCCUGAAUGUACUAUAUUCCUUCGUCAUCCAGAUGAUUUGGAGAAAGUUUUAAGCACUACGAAACAUAAUGCCAAAAGUAGAUUGUACAGCAUGGUACGUCCAUGGCUUAACGAUGGUCUUCUUACAAGCAAAGGAAACAAAUGGCACACUCGACGAAAACUACUCACGCCUGCAUUUCAUUUUAAUAUACUACGGCACUUUGUUGAUGUUUUGGUUGAAGAGUCAAACCAUAUGGCAAAAUCUCUGAAAGAAAGUGAAGAAACAGUUAUACAGGAUUUAGUUUCAUUUGUUAGCGAGCACACACUGAACGCAAUAUGCGAAACCGUUAUGGGUAUUUCUUUACGUAGUUUUGACACGUUUGAGGAAGAGUAUCGGAAAGCAGUACAUGAUAUAGGUCAUCUUUUGGUACACAGAGUCUUCUCUCCGUGGCUGUUUCCCGAUUGGAUGUUCGCAUUAUCUCCAACAAAUAGAAAGCAAACUAAGAUGUUAAAGAUAUUACAUGGAUUUACUGAAAAAAUCAUUAAGGAAAGAAAACUUUAUCACGAACGCACAGAGGAUCGAUAUUUAAAAAACACUGAAAGUAACACAUUGAAAGAAACAGAUGACGCAGAAGUGAUCGGAAUUCGUAAAAAGCGACUCGCUAUGUUGGAUCUUCUAAUAGCGGCAUCUCGAGAAACUGAUAUAACCGAUUUGGACAUCAGAGAGGAAGUUGACACCUUCAUGUUCGAGGGUCACGAUACUACGGCAAUGGGUGUGUGUUUUGCUUUACUAUUAUUAGCUGAGCACAAGGAUAUUCAGGUAU